CAGGGUUUGGCAGGAUUUAGGUCAAAUACUGCAUUACUCCUGUUGCCAAACAGUCCCUUAAGUUUAAUCCGUCCAAUGCCCUAAUUUACCAAAUAUGGUAAAUGUGGGGAGAAAAGGGAUACAAGGUUCUGUUUAGAUUUGAAAUUUUGUUGCUGUUGAGAAGGAUUUAGAUAGACCAGAAGUUAAGUGAGAGAGAAAUUGGAUUUAAGUUUCUGCAGGAUUUAAAUUUACCAUUUUAAUUGUUUGGGCCUGUUGGAGGCAUCCAGGAGAUGCUGCUCCUAGCGAUAGAACUCUGCCAGACUGGUUCGUCGAGCUCCAAAUCAUUGAUGCUGAGAGCAGCCUACUUGACAAUCAACACACCGACAUCUGCCUCCUCGAUAUUCAAUGCCAAAAGCUGCCUCCUCCAUAGUCGAUACGGACAUACACCUCCUAGAUGCUGAGACUCUUAAUUUGUCUAACUCAAAGAAUCUAAGAAGAUAAUCUCCUGAAGUUAAUCCUCAAACCUAACAGGCCGUCUGCAUAGGAGAUGGCAAGAAGAGGCGGGGAAGAAGAAGAGGAUGAGCACCACCAAAAUCCUUUCCUCUUGAUCAGUGGUGGCAAGGCUUCGUCCUCAAAAUUUCAGUUUAGGUUCAGGAUUUCAUCCAACAUGAACAUUUAUGACCCUUUAGUUUAUCUAUUUUGUUCUGUUUGGGAUGCUUAACACUUUUUAAGUUGUUGGUGUUUGGUUGAAGGAAUGAUGUUUCCAGAGCUAGAUGGGACGAGAAGCUGGGAAUGGGAGAGGUUGUAGAAAAGAAAGGUAGCAUGUGGACAACCACUGGAAUUAUUAGAAAUGGAAAGCUUUAUUGCCACAUCGAGGAAAUCAUGUUUUUAGCUGAAAGAGGAGCUUUGCAUCUGGUUGGCAGUGAUGAUAAGAUCCUUAGCAUUGGAGAUCUUUAUAAAAAGAUUGCAGAAGGAAAAGAUGGGUGUAGUUGGGGGACAUUUGAGGCUUACAGGCGCUUGAAAUUGCUGGGUUAUAUUAUUGGGCGCCAUGGAAUUCCUUGGACAAUGAAGGAGAAUAAAAGCUUCAUUUUCAAUUCCCAACAAACGAUAUCAAGCAAAGAUGGAUCAUUGGAUCUAGAUAUAGAAUAUAGAAUUUCAAUUUUGUUGAAGGGAAUGCAAAUUGAUGGAAUAAAGCCAACUUUUGAUGUUUAUCUGCCCAACAGCAAGUUCAAAAAAUCUUCUCCAGGCGAUCCGGUCUUCCUGCUGUGUGUUCUCAAGGUGAGUCCACCUUUGAGACAAGAGGUUGAAAAUGUUGAAAGAAGUUGUGGCUGCAUUCCCAUAAAGUUCUGCAUUGUCGAUCAUGGGCAGGUUAGUUUCUUUUCAUUUGAUAAGGUGACACUUCCAGUCUUGCCAUGAUAACAAAUCAACUACUCGUAUCUUAGAAUUUCUUUAAAUCUGCAACCAGGCCUUCCUAAUUUUUGCCUGGUGCUUAAAUGUGACCAUUUUGAAACCCACUGUAAGAUAGCCAUUUUUAUUUCAGCUGCUGCUGUAGAUUUCUGUUUUUAUCUGUGGGGUAAUAUGUAUUAUGUAUAGGAGAGAACUGUAAAAGAAGGCAUGGACAGUAAAUCAUCGGAUUAUAAGCACUGGAGAAUUGCAUUUACCAAUAUAAUCCUUGCUGUGAUAAUAUUAUAUAGUAUAUGCAUUUGAAUUUGGUGAUU